CCUCUGACUAAAAAGCAUUAGGUACAGAGCAAAGGUUCAACUAGAUAACAUACAAAAUGAAAUUUCUUAUUUUUAUUCUCAUAUCAAGUUUAUCAUUUGUUUGGAUCGCCGAUGCAUUUCUAGACUGUUCAGCAAACAAAGACUGUAUUGCUGGUCGUGAAUGUUGCGUAGAUGAUCUUUAUGGAAGUCCCCAAAACAAUUCAGUCAGGACUUGCGAACCACUUGGAGGGGAAGGUUCGGUUUGUUCAACUCGUAAACUCACAGUGGUAGAUAUCCCUUACUCUGGACAUUGUCCUUGUGCUGAGGGAUUAUAUUGCAAACCCUUUUUCUUGUUAUCCGAUAACGGAGCUUGCGAUUCAUCAUUGGAAAAGUAACAUCUGCCUCAGUGAAUUUUAAAUAAAGAAGAGUUAAGGCAUUUCACAAAUUAGGCUUUUGUAAUCACACAAAAAUAAUGCAUUUUUCAACCUUAUAUAUUAGAAGUUUGUCAAAACAAUCGGACAAGAAGAUUAGAGCUGCUUGCCAAAAUAUCGAAAACAAUAAAUAUUCUUGAUCAGUUAGUAAA